AUUUAACCGCGCGACUUGCGUCUAUGUUUUCAUUUGAUUUUUGAUUUCGUUACUAACGGUUCUUCGACGAAAUGUUUCGUGGUAUCGUGGUAUGGCUGUUAAGUGGAUUUUUUGUUGUUAUUUGUGCCGAUAGUGUACCAGUUCGUAAAACUCCUCUAGGUGUUCUAGAGGGUUACUACAUGAAAACACGGGGUGGGAGACAGAUUUCCGCGUUCACGGCUAUCCCUUACGCAGUGCCACCUGUCGGGGAAUUAAGGUUUAUGCCUCCUGUACCAGUUUCAUCAUGGUCAGAUACCUUAAAUGCUUCGAAGAUAGCUCCGAUAUGUGUCCAACGGAACCCAUACACACGUCAGAAGGAGAUAGUUGGACAAGAGGACUGCCUAUAUUUAAACAUAUACUCACCGUUCAUAGGGAAUGAGCCUAUACCGAAAGAUAAACUUCUUCCCGUGAUGGUGUUUUUCCACGGCGGGGGCUGGAUGUGUGGUGACGGCACUACGGACAUGUACGGACCAGAGCACCUCUUAGACAGAGAUGUUCUAUUUGUUGCACUCAACUAUAGAUUAGGUCCACUUGGUUUUCUCUCGACUCAGGAUGAGCACUGUCCCGGCAACAAUGGUCUCAAAGAUCAGCAAGAAGCUUUAAGAUUUAUCCAGAAAACAAUCCAUGCUUUCGGUGGUAAUAAUCAGUCCGUUACGAUAUUCGGUGAGAGCGCAGGCGGGGCCAGUGUCAAUUAUCACAUGUUAUCUGAAACUAGCGCUGGUCUUUUUCAUAAGGCGAUAUCUGAAUCCGGAACAGCCCUGGUUCCAUGGGCCGAGGCGCCGCCCGGUGAACCGAAACUGAAUGCCUUCCGGCUUGCCAAGUUCCUUAAUUGUCCUCAAGCGCCUUCUGAACGCAUGAUAAAGUGUCUUCGCAGUUUGGACAGUUACGAUAUAAUUGACACAGAAUUUAAAUUCUAUGAGUGGGACUAUGAGCCGAUGACAACAUUCAAAGCCGUUAUUGAACCUGACCUUCCAGGAGCAUUCCUAACAAGAAGUCCUCGUUUACCACCUUCCACAAACCUCGUGCCUUGGCUUACAGGAAUCAACAAAGAUGAGGGAUGCCUGAAAUCUGUCUGGAUAACAAAAUACCGCGAACGCUUUGAGGAGUUUAUUUCAGGAUUUGAUACGAUCGCUCCUGUCACGUUCUAUUACGAUACUUCUCCGAUGUCAGAACAAAUUACUGAAGUACUGCGGAAAGUGUACUUGAACGGUGACGAGAAAACCGUAAAAGAUGGAAUACUUAAGAUGUAUUCAAACUCUUACUUUGAUUACCCGGCCUUAGAGUCAGUGGCACAAGCGUUGAAAUACAGCAAUAAUCCGGUGUAUCUUUAUGAACUUACAUAUCGAGGUUCUAAUAGUUUUUCUCAAAUCUUCGGGGACCCUGACGGAAAUUAUGGAGUAUGCCAUGCGGAUGAACUUAUGUAUCUAUUUCCAAUACAUUUUCUUCAAAACAAGUUUAGUCCUGAAGAUAAUAAAAUACUUGAUCUCCUUAUCACUCUUUGGACUAAUUUUGCAACCAGUGGAAAUCCUAAUAAGCCAAUCGAAGUGUCGUUCGAUUGGCAGCCAGCUACUAACCAAGAUAAGUUGGAAUACUUAGACAUCGGCGUGGAGCAAGUUAUGAAGCAAGAAUUCGCUAAAAAGGCAAAGUUGUGGAGUGAACUGCCUCUGUGGCAUAAUCUAAGGAAUCAAAGGGUCAGAGACGAGUUGUAGAGUAAUUAAUCUGAAAGAUAAUAAUCACUACGAAUUAUAUCGUCGAUAAUAAUCACUACGAAUUACAUCGUCGAUCAUAAUCAUCAUCAUCAUUUCAGCCUAUCACAGUCCACUGCUGGACAUAGGC